CUCAAGGGGGCUCCCUUGGCUCGCGGAAAGCCCCGGCGCGUGGGACACCGCGCAUGGGGAAGCCUCACGACGACGAGGCGGUCCGGAACGGCCUCAAAGUCUUCGUCGGUGGCCUGCCGGAGCGGACGGCGGAGCAAGCCUUGGGUCAACACUUUAGCAGGUAUGGCCACGUGGAGAGCGUCACAGUCUGCCCGCCCAAAGAGGAGAAGAAGGCGCCUUAUGCCUUCGUCACCUUCAGAUUUGCUGCGGACGCCGACUGCGCAGUCGUCGACACGCAGAACUUCCCCGGGGCCUCAAGGCCGCUGACCAUGAGCUUCGCGGCCAAGAAGGGCUGGGACAGCGGCAAAGACCAUGGGUUGGGUGAUCCCUGCAAGGUCUUUGUUGGCGGCAUCAACGAGAGGGACAACGAGGAGGAGAUCGGGGACUUCUUCUCCCAGUGGGGCUUAGUCGCGCUGGUUUACCGGGACAAGGCGAAUUGGGGCUUCAUCCACUUCGCCACGAAGGAGGGGGCAUCCAGAGUACUGGAGGAGGAGCGCGUCCUGUUCCAGAGGCGGCCAUUGGAUGUCAAAAAGGCCACCGAUCGGCGGUCUAUGGCAGAGGAGGAGCGGGACGACCUGGUCCGCCGGGCUGUGGCCAGGCAUUUCCACAAGAAGAACAUCCAGCACGCGCCGCCCAUGGGGGGCUACUACCCUCCCCCGGGCUACUACCCACCGCCGGGCUACCCGCCGGGAUAUCCCGGGUAUGCGUACCCGUCCAUGGGCUACUACCCUCCGGGUUACUACCCCCCCACCGGCAGUGCCUUCGGCGAGCCCCCGGGCUACUACGCCCAAGCGGCGACCGAUCCCAACGCCUCCAGGUACCAGCCAUACUGAGAGAGGAAGCCAACUGGGACCCAUCAGAUGGAGAUUUGAUGUGAG